AUGGAAGAAAAUAAGAGUGAGGCAUAUCAAAGGCCAAAUAAAUCAACCUCGAGUAGUAGUGAGGAGAAAAAACCAGCUGGGUUUGAAUGCCAUAUUUGAAUCUCAACUCCAAUUGAACCUGUAGUCACUAAAUGUGGUCAUAUGUAUUGUUGGAGCUGAAUUCAAAAGUGGAUUAAAAUGAAUAAUAAGUUUAUAUCCUGUCCUGUGUGUAAGUCAGGAGUCUCUGUUGAUGAGCUCACACCUAUCUACAGCGGCAAUAAUUGCAAAGAUCCCAGAGAGAAUGCAUCGAAGGAGAGUUCUCAAAGACCUAAUGCUCAAAGAAGCCAGCCUACACCCAAUGAAAAUUAUAGAAAUCCUGGAAGAAGAUCCUUCUGGGACUCUUUCACUCUUAAUCAGAAUGGAGGAGGAGGAGGAAAUUUUAAUUUUGUCUUUCUUGGAGGAUUAGGAGUUCUUCCCUUACUUAUUGGAAUGGUUGGUCCAUAUCUCUAUAAUGCUUUGCAAAAUAAUAGGAAUAAUCAGCAACAAAGAAGAGCAGAUCCAAACGAAAGACAAAGAAAUAGAGCUGACAACAGACCAGGCAAUGAAGUUAUUGAUAGAAUGGUGUUCCUGAUGAUAGUAACCUUCAUCUACUUCUCAAUGUUUUCAUCAUUCUAGAAUUAAUUAAGUUUUAUCACACGUGUUU